UGGAGUUGAUGAGCUCCUUGAGCUAAUUAUUAAUCUUCUGUCCCUCCCUGCUAUAUGGGAUUCGGCACACUUUAUAGUGGGCAGGUGAUAUAUAGAGCUGACUGCUGGAGGGUCUUAUCAUCAUCCUUCUUCUCCAUUAAGAAGACCUCUCACCAUGAGGUUACUGGUGGUGUGGCUUGCACUGGGCUGCUGCCUUCCUGGGCGUGCAGAGAAUAUAUGGCAUAGGUUUGAAAGGCUGCCUUUCCCUAAAGACAACUUGUUUCUUUAUGACACCUUCCCUCAGGACUUUAUGUGGGCAGUUGGCACAGCUGCUUAUCAGGUGGAGGGUGGCUGGCAGCAGGAUGGCAGGGCACCCUCCAUCUGGGACACACAUUGCCACAAGGAUGGACGUGCCACAGGAGAUGUGGCUAGUGACAGCUACAACAACCUCUACAGGGACACAGAAGCUCUUCAGAUUUUGGGGGUCUCACACUACAGGUUCUCAAUUUCUUGGUCAAGGUUGUUUCCUAAUGGGACGGAUGCAGGUGCCAGCCAAGCAGGGUAUGCCUAUUACAGGGCACUCAUCAACAGGUUGAAGGAGAUGGGCAUAAAACCUGUGGUUACCCUCUACCACUGGGACCUGCCUCAGAGACUACAGGAUAUCUAUGGUGGAUGGAUCAAUGAGUCCAUGGUGGAAGUUUUUGAAGCUUAUGCUAAAGCUUGCUUUAAUCUGUUUGGAAAAGAUGUGAAGUAUUGGAUUACCAUUGACAAUCCUUAUGUGGUAGCUUGGCAUGGAUAUUCUACCGGCAGUUUACCCCCUGGCAUUAAAGGAGAGAAGUUACUUGGGUACAAAGCUGGACACAAUCUCAUAAAGGCUCAUGCUCGUGUAUGGCAUCUUUAUGACACCGAAUUCCGUCCCCAACAAAAAGGUCAAGUGUCUAUAGCGCUGGCAUCUCAUUGGAUAGACCCAAUCAAUAUGACGCAACACUGCAUCCAGGAAGCUAGGAAAUCCCUUGAUUUCGUCUUGGGAUGGUUUGCUAGGCCAAUAUUUAUAGAUGGGGAUUAUCCUCAAUCCAUGAAGCACAAUUUAUCUUCUCUCCUGCCUGAGUUUACUGAAGAAGAGAAAAAGUUCAAUAAAGGAACAGCAGACUUUUUUGCCCUUUCCUUUGGGCCCAUAUUGAGUUUUCAAAUGCUUGACCCGGAUAUGAAGUUCCGCCAAAUGGAGUCGUUAUCUCUGAGGAUGGUCCUCUACUGGAUCAGCAUGGAGUACAACCAGCCACCGAUAUUUAUUUUAGAGAACAGCUGGCUUAUUGCAGCCUUUACAAAGCGUGAAGAUGCAAAGUAUAUGUACUAUCUCAAGGCGUUUGUCAUGGAGACAUUAAAGGCAAUUAGAAUAGACGGUGUGAACGUCAUUGGAUAUACCGCCUGGUCUCUUAUGGAUGGCUUUGAGUGGCACAGAGAGUACAAAAUUAGACGUGGAUUAUUUUAUGUCGAUUUUGCAAGUCAAAACAAAAAGCUAAUGCCCAAAUCUUCAGCCUUAUUUUAUCAGCAGCUUAUUAAAAAGAAUGGAUUUCCACCAUUGCAAGAGAAUCAGCCUGUCCAAGGAACAUUUCCAUGCAAUUUUGCUUGGGGAGUUACUGCAUGCACAAUACAGAUUGACACCAUACCAGCCCAGUUCAAUGACCCUAGUGUCUAUGUAUGGGACAUGAAUAAAACAAAGGGACUUACGAAGGUGGAUGGUCUGAAAAUGCCAAAAAGAAAAACCCAUUGUGCUGACUACGCCUCGAUAAGGCUUCAGAUAUCUAUGCUACGCUCAACACACAUUAACCAUUUUUACUUCUCACUGAAAUGGAGUUCUAUUGUUCCUCAUGGGAACAUUUCUCAGAUUAAUCACAGCAUUUUACACUAUUAUCAGUGUUUUGUCAGCGAGCUUGUUCGCGUUAACAUUACACCAGUAGUUGCUCUUUGGCAGCCUAUGGCCGAGCACCAAGGGAUGCCUUCAAAGUUCUACAAAAUGGGAGGAUGGGACAACAUACAUACUAUUGAUGCAUUUGUUGAAUAUGCCAGGCUUUGUUUCAAAGAACUUGGAACGUUUGUGGCCAUUUGGAUAACUAUGCAUGAGCCACCAGUGAGAAACCUAACCUCAACAUCAGGUCACAACCUUCUAAAGGCCCAUGCAUUAGCUUGGCAUCUGUAUGACAAGGAAUUCCGAAAGUCACAAAAAGGAAAGAUCUCCUUGGUUCUUCAUGCAGACUGGGUGGAACCUGCUUCUCCUUUUUCUCGAAAUGAUAACAACACAAGUGAGAGGGUUUUAGAAUUUGAGAUUGGCCGGCUAGCAGAUCCAAUAUUUCUCAGUGGAGAUUAUCCAAAAGUAAUGCGUGAAUGGUUAAGUCAAAGGAACAGUCAUGGGGUAUUUGACUUUCAUUUACCUCAUUUUACUGAAAAUGAAAAGCACUUGAUCAAAGGGACCUUUGAUUUUUUUGCCUUAACCCAUUAUACUACUGAACUUGUACACUGGGAGAUGGAAGAUACUGUGAGAUAUGAUUAUGGACUUGAAGUUCAAUUUAUCACCGAUAGUACAUUCCUACAUUCCCCUCACAAAUAUGCUGUGGUUCCCUGGGGACUGCGAAAAAUAUUAAACUGGAUAAAAUCCAAGUAUGGCGAUAUCCCAAUUUAUGUCCUGGGAAAUGGGAUUGAUGAUGGCAAACUGGAGGAUAAACUACGGGUCUAUUAUAUUCAGCAUUAUAUUAAUGAAGCUUUAAAAGCCAUCCAGAUAGAUGGAGUAGAUCUUCGUGGAUAUUUUGUUUAUUCCUUCACUGACAAGAUGGAUCCCCAGUUCGGUUUGUUUAAAUAUGUUGCCAAUAAAUACGAGGCUAAAGAUUCAAAGAAUAUAUACAGAAGAAUCAUUGAUAAUAAUGGAUUUCCAAGUGUGGAUGCUACUCCAGCCCCUUGCCCAGAGGAGACCUCUAAGUGCGAGGACUGUCAUAUGUUUCAGACUAGAAAAUAUUUGUUUGCCUUUGUGGCUUUCAUGUGUUUUGUAUUCAUUGUUUCCGUCUUUAUGAUCACGUAUUACUCAAAAAAGGGCAAAAGGAGAUAUAAGUAGAUGGAAAAAAACUAACAUUUUCUGGUAGAAACAGGUUAGAUGGAGAAGGGCCUUGACAAUGGGCUGGCGGAAGGCUGGUGGAAUUGUCUCUCACGUGACAGUAGGAAAUCCUAUUGACAGUGUGCCCUACAGUUUCCAAAAUGAUUGGAAUAAUUUUGCACAGUUAAGAAGGUGCUGAGAAUGCCACUAAUUGUAGAGCUGACUCACAAAACUGUAAAUUCAUAGAGUAAUAUAAAGAUCAUAAUAUCUACUAGGUGUGUGCUCUGUAGAGCUCUAUUUUUGAAUAUGCUUCCUGUUGGAAUCUUUACUAGGAAAUGUUCUGUAAUUCUAAAUUUCAUAUUUUACACUUUUAGCUCCAGUAUCAGAUACUCAGGAGAUUUUGAAAAUGAACUGACCAUUAAUAGUUAUUACGCAGCAUUUUUAUUGACAAUGUGAA